AUGGAGGACAAAGUGGAGAACAUAGAGCAUGAAUUGGAGGUUAAAGGAAUUUCUGGAGACAUAGAGAUGAAGUGGAAGAUCAUAGAGUGUGAAGUGACACAUGUCAUCCUCUUAUUCAUUUGGAAGUUAAAAGAAGUUAUGGAGAUAGUGGAGAACAUAAAGGACAAAGUGGAUGAGUGGAAUGACACAUGGCAAGACAAGGAUGAAGAUGAGAGAAAUGGACCAUACACUCAGUUGAAGUUUCCUAAACUAUUUGACAAUCUCAACAACAUCAAGAAGCACAAUUGGGUUGAGGCAAUAAAAGACACACUGAUGAAUUCAAUGGCAAAUGCAAACAACAACCCAAGUACUGGUACUGUGAGCAUAGUAAACUCCUCUGACCAUCCAACAAACAAGGCUUCCCAAGAAGAAGAAGAAGAAGAAGAACCUGAUGAACAACAGGACAAUGAUGAAGCAGAAGAAAGACAAGAAGCAAAAGGUGAUCAACCAGAAGACACUGAUGAAGAAGAAAACCAACAACAAGAACAAGAAGAACAGCAAACAAACCAACAACAAGAAGUCAAUGAACAAGAACUGACAAACCAACAAGAAGAACUCCAAGAGAAAUCAGACAUAUUUCAUGCACAAGAUAUAUGCAUAUUGACCAAUAGGGAACCCUUAUAUGGGAAUGUCAUUGAUACCUUCUCAGAAAAGCAAUUGGCACUCCAACCAACCAUUGAAGAAUUUGAGAAAAAUGAUCUAACCAUUGCAAGAAAUCCAUACGCGGGAAGAUCUUACGUUUUCUCAACACUCAUCAAUGAAUAA